AUGUCCAAUGCAAAGAAAAUCAUUCUUGUUAUCGGAGGCACUGGUGCACAGGGUUCUGCAGUAAUAAGGCAAUUACUUGCUCCUAAGGCCAAACAAAUAUCGCCCUAUACAAUCCGACUAUUGACUCGUGAUCCGACUAGUCGUAAAGUCAAAGAAGAAUUUGAUGAACUGGAUGAUGUUGAGGUUGUCAAAGGCAAUUUUAUGGAUUUUGAUAGUGUACUAAAAGCUUUGCAAGGUGUUUAUGGUGUGUUUGUUAAUACUGAUGGAUUUACCGUUGGGGAACAGAGUGAAGUUUUUGCUGGCAUGCGCAUUUUCGAAUUGGCAAAACAGAUUGGCACAAUUAAACACUAUGUGUAUUCAAAUUUGGAUUAUGUUUUUAAGAAAAGCGGCUAUAAGCCCAUUUAUAACUGUGAGCAUUACAAUGGAAAAGGCAGGGUAGCUGACUGGAUGCAACAACAACCUUCGGAUGAACAUGGGAUGGUGUGGAGUGUAUUGACAUCGGGACCUUAUAUGGAAAUGCUUCAUGGUGGUAAUUUCAUCCCACGGAUCAAAGAAGAUGGCACGCGAGUGUUUGCUGUUCCACUCGGCAAAGGACAUAUACCAAUUGUUUCUGUCGAUGAUAUCGGUUAUUUUGCGCGGUACAUUUUUGACAAUCGAUCAGCCACCAGCGCAAAAGAUCUUGAGAUUGCAUCAUAA